AUGAGUGUCAUGGGACCAGCUGAGCUCACGCCUGACAUGCGCAAGAAACGCGUCAAAUACUACGUCGAGGAUGACCAGAUUACGCGCAAGUCCUUCUUGCCGUGCAAGUUUCCCAUCGACUACGCCAGGUCGCCACUGCAGGCGUACCAGGCGCUUAACGCUUACACGGGAUUCAUCGUUCCCGUUGUAAAGAGCCCGCGCAAUGCGGAGGAUGUCGCAGUGACGCGCGCGCGCCUUGCUGACCAUCAGACGAAGCUGCUCCCUGAGAUGACUGAAAUCUUCGAUCGCAGCAUUCGGGCCCUGGCUACACCAGAACGAAAGCCGCCUGUGAUUAGCGACCCAGCUUACCGGCACUUGAAGCCGUUAAACACGUCGUUCGUCGACAAGAAAGACGUGCUGGCCACACCUGGCCCAGGCAUGGUGAAACGCGUCAAAUACUACAUCGAGGAGGACCAGACGGUGCGCAAGUGCUUCUUGCCGUGCCAGUUUCCCAUCGACUAUGCCAGGUCGCCGCUGCAGGCAUACCAGGCACUUAACGCUUACACGGGAUUCAUCGUACCCGUUGUAAAGAGCCCGCGCAAUGCGGAGGACGUCGCAGUGGCGCUUGCGCGCCUUGCUGACCAUCAGACAAAGCUGCUAACUGAGAUUACUGAGAUCUUUGACCGCAGCAUUCGGGCACUGGCUAUUCCAGAACGAAAGCCGCCCGUGAUCAGCAACCCAGCUUACCGGCACUUGAAGCCGUUGAACACGUCAUUCGUUGACAAGAAGGACGUGCUGGCCACACCUGGCCCAGGCAUCGUAGUCGUUGAGUUGUUUUCUGGCCUCAUGGCCACUACCGAGGCGUUGCUUCGGCAGGGAGUUACCGUCAGAAAGGUGUAUGCCUGCGAGAUUGACGCCAAGACCCGCAAAAUCGCUGCUAAGCGUCUGGCCGUCUUGCACACCUUAUUCCCACAGCUCCUGAGCGCAGACGCUAUUAGAGACUGUCAUGACCACUUGGGAGACGACGUCAGCAAAAUCAACAGAGGCCACAUGGCCCAGCUGGAACGUCCUGACCUUGUGGUGGCCGGAUUCCCGUGUCAGGGAUUCUCACGAGCCGCAGAGUACGCCCUAGGCUUGCGCGAUUCGCGAACCAGGCUCUUCGACGAUGCCAUCCGAAUCGUGCACCUCAUCAACAACAUUUGGGGCGGCUCUGUGGGCUACCUGUUUGAAAACGUUGACGCCAGCGAUCACCCGCAGGCAGACGUACGGGCAGAGUUUAACACCGUGGUGAAGGGAGUGCUCGGACACGGCUUCGCAUUUGAUGCCGUGGCCGUUGGCUCUUACGCGCAUCGCCAGCGCCAUUGGUGGACCAACCUGGCCCCAAGCGCCCUCAUGUGCGAAAUGGUUGAGAAGAAGUUCAAGCACCGCAAGCCGGAUCAGAUUGUCCAGAACAUUCUGCAACACGGCCACCGGGCUCAGAACGCUCAGCACGCCCGCGCACCUGGAAAGGUCUCGGUCAACGUGCGCGGCCAGCCGCUUCGCGCUCUGUCCACGUUUGUCACGGUGCGCGGCUCUCACGCCUAUCACCCUGGACAGCAGAGCAUGAUCCAGCAAGCCAACGGAUUCUGGGAUGAGCCUACGGCUCUGGAGCGCGAGCGCGCUCUGGGAUUCAUGGACGAUACCACAAAGGUUUGCCCCUCUAUUUCAGAGGCUGACCGCAGAAGAAUCCUGGGAAGCACCAUGGACAUGCACGCCCUGCAGUUCAUCAUUGGCAGCAUCCAGUGCUUCCAGUUCGCCUUUUUCACCGAUUGA